UCGUCUUCUUCUUCUUCUUCCAUCGGUGCCCCAAUUCUGUCUCCACAAAAUCCUGAAUUUCACCCCAAAUUGCCUUUGCUUAUGCCCGAUCGCUGAUUUUCUUAGAAUGGCUGUCAAUACACCUCUCUUCCUCUCGCUAGCCAUCCUCCUCCUCACCCUCCACAUCCGCGGCGCCGCCGACGAAAUCCAAUCACUCCUUGAGUUCCGCAAGGGCAUCAACUCCGACCCCUCCGACAAAAUCUCCUCUACCUGGAUUGCUCCAUCCGACUACUCCGCCUGCCCCGCCGCCUUCUACGGUGUAGUCUGCGACCCCUCCGCUUCCUCCGUCAUCGCCAUUUCCCUCGACCGCCUCCAACUAUCCGGCGACCUUAAGUUCAAUACUCUUACUUCCUUAAAGUCCCUCCAAAACCUAACCCUAGUCGGAAAUUCCCUAUCCGGCCGCCUCGUCCCGGCUCUGUUCACAAUGCCCGUUCUGCAAGUAAUCGAUCUUUCCAAUAACCAAUUCUACGGCUCAAUUCCCGCUCGCUUGACCGAUUUGUGGCCCCUGCACUACCUGAAUUUAUCCGGCAAUAAUUUCACCGGCGAAAUCCCAGAAAGAAUCGGCAACCUGCAGCAGUUAAAGGUAUUGGAUUUGCACUCGAAUAAUCUACAAGGAGACGUGGGGAAGCUGAUUCCCGAGCUCAGGAAUCUGGAGCACCUUGAUUUGAGUCUCAACAGCUUCUCCGGAUCGAUUGAUCUGAGCAUCGAAAAUCUCUCUAGCUUAGGCAACACCAUCCAAUAUGUCAACAUAAGUGGAAACAAUUUAAGCGGUGGGCUAUGGGCCAAGGAAGCGAUGAACUUGUUCAGGAACUUGAAGGUCUUGGAUUUGGGCGACAAUGGGAUUUCCGGGAGCCUUCCGGAUUUCGGGCCAUUGCCAAAUCUUCAGAUUCUAAGGCUUGGAAACAACGGGCUAUCGGGGCUGGUGCCCAAAGGGCUCUUGCAGGGGGAGGUCCCGUUGGUGGAGCUCGAUCUUAGUGGCAACCAAUUCUCAGGUUCCAUUCAAGAAAUCAACUCAAAAAUGUUGGAUAUUCUGAACAUGUCUUCAAACAGUAUCUCGGGCCCAUUGCCUUCAUCAGUAGGAAGCUGCCAUACUGUUGAUCUCAGCAGAAACCUCUUAUCGGGCGACAUAUCUGUUCUUACGACUUGGAACACUGAUUUGGAAACAUUAGAUUUGAGCUCAAACCUCUUGAAUGGAACCAUUCCAGAUUUGCCACAGUUCCAGAGCUUGACACGUCUCAGCCUACGAAACAAUACCCUGGAAGGAAAUCUGCCUCCGGCAAUCGGUUUCCUCGCAAAGCUUGCCACACUCGAUCUCAGCUCUAACCAGCUUGAGGGGCAAAUGCCCAGUAGCUUCUUUAUUUCAAUGACCCUAACAAAUCUGAACUUGUCUGCCAAUCACUUGACAGGACCUGUUCCCCUUGGAGGUUCGCGGGCCAGCACACUACAGAUUCUUUCUUCGGGCCCACCGAUGGAGUUUCUCGAUCUUUCGAGAAAUCUGCUGACUGGCGAACUGCCUGCGGCUGUUGGUAACUGGAUAAGGCUCAGGUUGUUGAACCUUGCACAGAAUAAGUUAUCAGGACAGCUCCCGAAUGCACUGAGCAAACUUAGUGGCCUUGAGUAUCUUAACUUGUCCUACAACAGCUUCAGUGGACAACUUCCCGGCGACCUGCCAGCAAGUCUGAAGUCUUUCGAUGUUUCCCACAAUAACCUGUCUGGAGAAAUCCCAGAAAACUUGAAUGUCUUUCCUGAUUCUUCAUUUUCCGGGAAUGAAUUCAAAGGUCGUCGUCCUUCUGCAUCCGGUGAUCACGUCCCUGGCGUGAAUGAGACCCCGGGACGCCAUCGCGGCUUGGGAUCGAACAUCAAAGUAGCCAUUAUUCUUGCAUCUAUUGGAGUUGCUAUAAUGACUGCAUUUGCUUUUAUAGCUUAUCGCCGCGCAAAGUUUCAUGAUUUCCGCGUUCGAAGGGGAUUUUGUGGCGAAAACUUCGGGAGGGACAUCAAAGCAGGAUUGUUUUCCCGUCCCUCGUUUUUCAGAUUCCAUACCAGCAGUGCAGAGUUGGAGCCUACUCGUCAAACUUUGAAUGUUUCUCUCGGCGGAGUAGCAACGGCAUCAGGAAGGAUAUCCUCGCCUGAAUCUCCAGUCUUGUCCUCGCCCCAACGUCACGAGACAUCAGAACAGUCUGGAUCUUCUGACGUGCGAUCUCCGGUCAGAUUUGCGGGAGACCUGUGCUUCUUGGAUAGCUCUCUAAAUUUUACUGCUGAAGAGCUGUCCCGUGCCCCGGCAGAAGUUCUCGGGCGGAGUAGCCACGGCACCUUGUACAAAGCCACCCUCGACAAUGGGAGUCUGCUGACGGUCAAGUGGCUGAGGAUCGGGUUAGUCAAGGGCAAGAAAGAAUUCGCACGGGAAAUUAAAAAGAUCGGGGCUAUCGCACAUGAGAACACCGUGCCUCUGCACGCAUAUUACUGGGGGCCGAGAGAACAAGAGAGGCUUGUUCUAGCCGACUUCAUUCCCGGUGAUAGCUUGGCUGUACAUCUUUACGGCACCACUCCCCGCCGGCAUCCGCUGUCAUUCACCCAACGGAUAAAUGUCGCGCGGGACGUAGCUCGGGGCCUCAUGCACCUGCACCAAUGCGGGCUACCGCACGGGAACCUGAAGCCGACGAACAUACUCUUGACGGGGCCUGACUACGCUGCCCGCCUAAGUGAUUAUGGCCUCCAUCGGUUGAUGACCCCAGCGGGUGUUGCCGAGCAGGUGCUGAAUCUGGGGGCACUUGGCUACCGUGCUCCCGAGCUUGCUGGCCAUUCCAAGCCUGCACCUUCAUUGAAAGCCGAUGUGUAUGCAUUCGGCGUGAUUCUGAUGGAGUUGUUGACCGGGCGGAGUGCUGGCGACAUCAUCUCCGGUCAGUCAGGUGCGGUGGACCUCGCUGACUGGGUGCGUCUCUGCGACGAGGAGGGGCGGCGGAUGGACUGCAUAGAUCGGGACAUCGCCGACGCUGCCGGAGAUGAGAGCUCGGAGGAGGCGGCGGCAAUGGACGGGAUGGUGGGCGUCUCGUUGGGGUGCAUCCGGGCGGGGAGUGAGAGGCCCAACAUAAGACAGGUGUUUCAGGACAUCUGCUAUGUGCGUGAAGUUUUGCAGUUGUCUUAGAUUUGAUUUCAGGAGUCUUUUCUUUUUAUCCUUGGAGAUUGAGAUUGAGAUUGUUUAGUUUUGAUUUUAUUUUUAUUUGUUUAUUUUUGCACCCCUUGAGUUUUUUUUGUGUAGAGGGGUGUUUAUUUGAUUGCCAUAAUUCUUCCCCAUUUAAUGAACUGAGCGGGCAAUUCAAGUUAUCUUGUAGAGUAUGUAUGUGCUCCUUUUGAGCUGUGACUGUUCAAGAUUUGUGCUGCUUGCUUUUUUAUGAAUAGAAUAGACGUCUAAGUCUAAUGCAAUAAACUAAUUAAUU